GGUGGGGUUGCAGGUACAGGCCGGUUGAGGGGUCAAUGUGUUAAAUAAAAAUGUCAAGCUUAAUCAUCGAAUAGAACUAUUGAAACACAUAGUUUGCAGUAAAUGUCUUAGCGUGUGCAUGUGAUAAGCGUAUAUAACGCUUACGUCCACAACUGACCGUAAAACUUUGCGUUUUCCUCGUUAUAGUUUGAUGGAGAACGUUUUAAAUCUAUCAGAGAAGUUUUCCUCCGGCGCCGUCUUCAUCAAAGUCAUUUUUAAAAAGGGAAUUGGAUAUUUACCAAGAACCCAUUUUUGUGUCGAUAGUAACCGUAACCCCACUACAUCAAACAAAUGAGCAACGCGCAAACACGUGUAAAAAACUUGUUUUUUUAAAUCACCUAACCAUCUUUUAGAAACUAAAUAACCUAAAAAUGUUGAUGUUUGAAAAGAACCAAAUGAUGAAGAACGUUAAAUAGAAAGGCGCACGAGGCAUGGCGACAAAAUAACUUUUUAUAUAUUACUGUCGAAUCCGUUGUAUCGCGACCCGCGCUUUCAAAACACGAUUUGUUUUGGUUUUCUGUUCCGUCAGUAAAACCAUUCUAAGCCAAUCAGAAUCCCGCUUUGUGCACUUCCCUGGCUAUCCUCUGGACAAAAACCAAACAGUGUCGUGACAGAAAGCCAGGCCACUGCACCAGGCGAAAGAUGGCAAGAAUCUGAUUGGCCUAGAAUAAUUUGACUGGCUGAACAGAUAAUCCAAAAAGACAAAAACAAAUCGAUGUUUUGAAAAUGCGGCGACGCGAUACAACGCAUUCGAAAGUAAGCUAUCUGUUGUGAAUAAUGUAUCCUCAAAACCAAAAACAAAGAGAGGCACACUCUUUUGCUGCAUCCUGGAGAACUAGGCUGUGGCACAGCUUUAUAGUCAAAUUCGUUGUCGCGCGACCUGUCAGAAUCCAAAACUCGGGAAUAACGCGUAGUAAAUCAAACCAAACAAUCAAAACCAGAAAAACCGCCCUCAAAGCUUGUGUCUGACUAUGCGCUACUCCCAAACGAGACAUGGAUUUUGGAUUCCCCUUAAACGCUUGUGUGAACUGUAGUUCCCAAACACUAACAAAUCUAUAGUGCCAAAAACAAAAUACUUAAUAUAGAAUGUUUCAUUGUAAAACACUUUAAGCAUAAACUAGUAAGUCCUGAAGGUCUUUUUUUUUUACUGCUGUUAUGAUUACUCCUUUUUUAAUUGCCUUCAAUCAUCAAAAAGAGACUUUGACGGGUUUCCGUGGCCACGAGGGAUGAUGUUGACGUUAGUUGAGCGGCUGGGUUGAGAUGAGAUGGGUUAUUUACUCUUUACUUUAAGUCUCAUUCUUUCCAGCUUGGAGCCACGAACAAGGUAAGUUUUGGAUGAGUUUUAAACACCACAGGACGUCAGAACCCCCUUCCGCUUUACCUUCUCACCAAUAGCGUAAAACCAAACGAAAUAAAAAUCCAUUUGAAUUAAUUUAAGCAUUUGCUUAAUUCUUAUAAUAGAUUUUAAGGCCCAACACAAAUUGCUAUUUUGGCACGAUUUUGCGACGUCACAGAUGAUGUGAUUUGUGUAACUACAAAAAACCUGUUUCGCUAUAUCGCUCGAGCAUUAACUGUUAAAUAGUAUCUUGUAAAUUUAUAGCAAAAUUCUCCAAGCUUUUUUUUUCAACAGCAUUUGUUCAUAAUUGGCUUUCAACCCGUGAAUAGUAUUUUUUUUCGUAUAUCGAACUUGUUUAAGAGAAAAUAUGCUUUACCGAAAUCAUUACUUUCGAUAAAUCACGAAUGUACGGUAAAUGGCUUACUUUUUAAUUUGAAACUCGGUACACAGUUGCGUACUUCUUUAUUUGAAAGAAUAAUAACAGCUGCGUCCUGACGGCGCGGCAAAAAAGAACUGUAAACGAUCAUAGUUAGUACUACUAACUUUGAAACAACUGACCCGUCACAAAUUUCUUUCCGUGGUAUAUACUCUUACACCACAAUAUUCGUCACCUCAUGUACAAAAUGUUGUGAACUUACGAGACCGUAUAUACCACGGUAAACUGGAAUUCGACUCUGCCAAAUUUUCGUCGUUAAUAAGACUUCUUCAGGGCAGACUCAAGACUAUGGGAUAUAAACCUAUUUCAAAAAACGUUGUCAUUGCAAACGGCAAAUGGCGAUUGUCAAAAAGUUCUACGACCGAAAGGACCCAUGGAUCCCAAAAUAUUUGUUCCAAAUUCAGAAAAAUAUAAAUAAAACACACGACUGUCCAUUUAAUGUAAUUAAUAUAUGGUUCUGACAUCGCUUGAGUUAAUUAAUCUCCUUUAUUUUUACAAAUAAUUACUACCCAUAGACACCUUUCGGUCGUAGAACUGCCAUUUGGCAAUUGCCAUUCGCUGUUCGCACUGACAACCUUUAUUGAAAUAGGUGUAUAUACCACGGUAUGUACCACGGAAAACUAUGGGAUAUUUGUUUUCGGCUCCUGCCGUGCAGAAUCUAAUUAUUUGGAUUCGGUACAUGAACAAGUUCAACUAACCACCACCGGUCGUGCUGCGCGGCAAAAGGCGCGCUCGUUUGAAAUGGCUUCUGCAAAGCGCGCAGAUAAGCGACGAAAAUUGAAAACUUUAGCUUCUAAACCCGAGGUUUCCGGUACUUUUAGUGUCCACGGAUGCAAAAUACAUUUACUAGAGAAAAGGUUGAGAACCAGCAUUUCGCGAAGUUGGAUAGGUUAUUGAUCUCUUUCGCUUCAAGUGGACCUGCAAGGACUGUGCGAAUGACGAAUUCCGUGUUGUCCUCUGAUUUAGCAUAACUAACCGCGGCGAUCCUGGUUCCUAAAACUUCUUGGCUCCCCAGUUCCUAAUAGUAAAGGGGGGGUAGGGGUAAAUUUUCAAUAUAAAAAAAAAUAGCUAUUUUCUGUAUAGAAUUGGAGAUUACGGCUGGAAAUACGCCAACACUAUGUUAUUACAUCAAUUUUUGCGCUAUUUAGCGGUUUAUGCUGAAUUUCUAUUAGAGUCAUUACUAGUAGCUACUAGUGCAAAACAUUCAAAAGGCGAUUCUAAAAGAAGCAACGACUCAUUACAAUAUAGAGUGAUUUCAAUUAAUCCGUGAAACAGUUAGUGGCAUACUACACGUUAAGAUAUAGUAAUACGAGUAAAUUAUUUUAUUUCUCUAUUGUUUUGUUUUGUAUAUAACGCACUGUUACACACCAACUAAUAGUUAGUGUUUCACAGAUUAAGAUUGAAACCACUCUAGUCUCUACUUCAAUUCAGAUACCUUCUCUCAAAAUUACUCAGUGCUAUUUCCAAAGAUUCAUGCUAUAAGUUCCUAGAUUAACUGCAGAAUGACUUCUAAUGUUAUAUGCGAAUGUUGUGGACGGUGAAGACCACCAAGUGGAAGUCACGCUUAGAUCUAAAAAAUUACGGACAGUUAGGUGUCACCGGGAUAUAAUAAGAAUUAUCCGAAAAAAGAGGAAUUCAUUUUUUUUAACGAAAUUCAUAUAGAUUUGCAUCAUGUUUUAGACCAGUUUCUAAUUGGUUCCUACUCGUGAUCGCAAGUAGUAAUUUCUAAUUAUAUAGAAAAAACGUUUACACCUUUUACACGCACUUUAAUGCACAACACAUAGUAUAAUAAAACUGAGUAAAGAAAUCAGGGUACGAAUUUGGAUUUGUGUGUAGAAAUUGAAAUGAGGUAGGAACAAUUUUAAUUUUUACUGAAGUAGGAACUGAUUACGGGUUGUUGCGUAAAUUAAGUAGGAUCUGAAAACGCGUGUUUCGUAAAUAGAAUUCUUACUAUUAGGAAACGGACAUUCAAAGAAAAACUUUAGAGCUAUUCACUUGUAUAUUACAUAGAAAAUUGCAAGCGUCUAGAAACCAGACAAGAUACUCUACAAGACAUUAGUCUAGAAUCCACGAAAAUUACAAAGAAUAGUUUAAUACAAUAAAUAGUUUUAUAAAUAUAUAUAUAUAUUUAUAAUGCCUUACCAUCGACAAUAGCUGAUUUUACUCGGUAAAUGAGGUAUUUUACCAAUUAAGCAUAUCUUAUGAAGUACCCCCCCCCCUGACCCCGAUUAGGAACUGAGGAAUUUAGGAUCACUGCGGUGCAUAGCUAACAACCAAUCAGAAAGCGAGAUUACGUGCAAUUGUUGUAGUAGAAUAAUAAAACUGGAAUCGUUUGACGAACGCACAAAGAAAAUCUGACUUUUAUGAUAAGUUUAAACGUAUUAGCCGUAUUCAAUGCAAAUGUAUGCAAAUAAAGGGGAAACAAUCGACACGAUUCAGUUGCAUACAUUUGCAUUGAAUACGGCUAAUAGAUAAUACGACAUUUGAGCUAGCCUUACAGAUUCCAUUUGGUCAACAACUUAUAAAUGAUCUUAAUUAUUUUAAAGACCCUUGGGCGUAUUUAAUUGGUAUGCAACUAGACGGCCUUUGUGCUUGCAAUUAUAGCAUAGAAUCAUAGCAACGGGCUGGGAGUGAUGCGCUCAUGGGCUCUUAAGCGAAAACUUUUUUUUGUUUAUUUUGAUGAGACUGACGAAGUUGCGGGCCAACCAAAGCACUGAGCAUUUGUUGCCUACAUAACCUCCAUAAAUUGUCACCGAAGGAUCCAGGUGAAGAUGGUGUGUACUGCUUUCCGGAUUGGUCUUCGAGUGCUGUUUCUAGUAUCUCUGAUAAAAGUUGCUCUACUGCUCUUCUUGUAUAACAAAUACAGUGAAAUGGGAACCAUCAAGGGUGACCAAAUACCAGAUCCAAUAAUCAACGCUAGCCUACUCCCUAUCGAAUCGGUGCUACCUGGUUAUGUAGUGGUACCAGGAGUUGAUUUACCAGGAAUCGGGAAUAUGUUCAUCCACCAGUCCCGUAACAACGUUAGUGACAUCGCAAAUAAAUGUGACGGAUUCGGCACAUCUUGCAAGGGAUUCAUUUACCACAGGCUGCCCAACAAGACAGGAAUCUGGUCAAGGAUGAAGGUUUCAUUUGGUGUUCCGUCAGAGAGCAAAGAAAGGAGCUUGUACAUCAAGCGUAGCUACAUUGACCUCUAUAUCAAUGCUCUUAAAACCGACUUGACAUGCGCGGUACCGCUGACCAACCUGACUGCUGGAAACGGCGGCUGUAAACUCCCAAAACUCCAAAAGUACUAUGAGGAGAUAAUGCACCUUGUAGAGAGGCUGCCACCAAUCACCUGUGACGUCAAUCAUCUGCACACCAAACUUGAGCAUGGCGUCCUGCAAAUGAGAGAAAAUGCGACAAAAGACCCUCAAGUCACUAGCCUCCACGCGCGUCCAAUACGCCGCGGUAAAAACGACGAUACUAUCACGUACGGCCCACCAUGGCACUUUAACCUGACAGCUAAGUCUCUGCAAGUCCAAGAAGACUUCUGGGAAGUCAUAUCCAUUCUAAAGAACAAAGAAAAAAAGAAAAACUUUCAUCUCUCGGUGGUGGAGAAACCCGGGAUUGAACGGCGCAUGCUCAAUAACAACGCACCGCUGAAUAUAAUGAUGAUGACCUUAGACAGCACCUCUGCUGUUCACUUUGAGCGGAUGUUGCCUAAGACUUAUGAUUUUCUCAGUCAAGAAUUCGGGUCGUACGUGUUCAAGGGUUUCUCGGUCGUCGGCGACGGCACGGCGCCAUACAUGAGUGCUGUCUUGACAGGGAGACCCUGGGACGAGAAUACCAAGCAAUGGAGUGAACCAGAUGGUACUGUCGAUAGGUGGCCGUUUGUGUUUAAGAAGUUUGAGAAGAAAGGGUUUGUGACAAUGUUCAGUGAAGACUUUUCACAUCUCGAUCAGCUAGCAUGGCGAUUUUGUUCUGAUUAAUGGGCUUUCAAUUAUUUCGCUAAUGGCUUCAAGGAGCCCCCCUCGGAUCAUUUCGGAAGGCCAUUCUGGCUUGCCACAUCUGGACUAUGUUGUGGAGGACAGCCCCAGGUCAGACUUCAGUUCAACUACCUC